GGACCCCUGACACCAACAUUGGAACAUAUGCAAUCCAACUGAAAUGCAUACCCAUACUCUUCACCACUAACCACAGCGAUGCCUGCAACAUCCAGUUCAUCUUCUCGCGCCCUGAACGCGAUCCUACCACUCGUCGCGUCUGGGCAGCCCUACGAAGCGCACCAGAAAGCGCGCACCUUCGCUUCACGGUACAGCAAGUCUGGGCAGUACGACACUGCCAUCGACGUGCUCUUCCAGAGUGCGAGAGAACUCCUGAAAGUUGGCCAGCAGGGUAGUGGAACAGAUUUGACGUUGUUCCUCUUAGAAGUAUAUGAAAGCAAGGACGAGGUCGUUGAUGAUGAGUCUCGAGGGAGACUAACGCAACUCAUCGCACUGACUGGAUCAUCCGGGUCAUGGAGGAAAACGAUCAUUGACAGAUCCAUAUCAUGGUCAGCAAGACAUGGUGAAUGUCCCGCAGGUGACCAGGACUUGCACCACUAUGUCGGAGAGCUCCUAUACAAAGAUGGGGCCUUCGAUGCGGCAGAACCUCACUUCCUCGCAUCAGGCAAAAGGGAUAGCGCACGUUCACUAGCGAAUAUGAUGGUAGAAUGGUCCGCAGCAGGCGGAGCUCCAGGGAUCUUUGCUCUUCGAGGCACACUACCAUAUCUACAAAAUGGCAACAUCAUCGGAGCUCGCACCUUCAUUUCGCAGUUUAUUGCACAAUUGAUUUCAUCUCGACCGAAUCUGGUUUCACCACUACAGACAUCUCCAUUACCUGUUACCCCUACGAGUGAAAUCACACAUACGACUGAGCCUGUGCUCAACUUCUGUCAGCUUGCUGUCUUGACAUGUCAACGUGCGAAUGGGGAGAAGAAUAAAGUGAUGCGUGAGAGCUGGGUAAGGCUUUGCGGAACAUACCAAGCCAAAGGUGGCGUCUUAGCGACCAAGGAAGUUCGGGUGACACUACAGGAGAUAGCGACGUUGUACUUUGCAAUUCCUCCGCCACGCACUCAGCCUGAUAAUCCAUUGGGAGCUAUGAUCUCCUCUAUGCUGGGCGGUGGGAUGCCGGGAGGAGGGGCGCCUCCGCGGCGGAUGCUGUCUCCCGCUGUGAGCGGACCAUCAGCACCAGGGCUAGAUUAGUCUCCAUUCAAAAUUUUUUGAUUGGAUGUAGUUUGGGCAUCAGCGGGACGGACAUAAGAUGGUAAGAUAAUCGAAAGUGACAUGCUAUUGGGUAUCUUCGAGGUAUCAAAAUGCAAUAUUCGUCGUACAUAUUUUACUUUACAUACACAAUCACUCUUUGCUAGACGUGUUCUGCACAUGCCCUUUUCGUUAUCCGUUCCAACAUGUUUCUUUUAUUCUGGCAUCCUCAGAACGAAUUCUCCCUCGGUCUCUCGAUCCGAAGACUGAGGUGAGUAUGCGCAGUUACGGAUACAUGAUAUUUUCAUUCUAACUACCUACAUAGAAAGUUCUCCUUUCGUUUCUAGUCCGAGCCUCUCUUCGUUUGAGACGAGGCCAGCGGAAGCAAUAUUCAAUGAUCCUGACCGAGUGAUAGUCUCUUAUAGCUAGCCUAACGCAUGCAUAUGAGAGUUGGC